UUCCCUCCCCGGAUACUACUAUUCUCCAAGAAGCCCCCCUCCCUCCCGCCUGGCUGGAGGGAGCCGGCCGACCGGCCGUCGGCGGAUCGACCAGUCCCGGGAGGUACCGCCGGAGGAGCAGCUCCGACAGGCCGGCGAGAUCGCUUGCCCUCCCGCCCCCUCCACCUGCUGCAUCGACCGCUCUCCGACCAGCCAGGUUCUAGCAAGCAUGCAGCUGCUAGCUUGCUGAGCGUCUCCUGUGAUUAAAGCGCGUGUGCCUGUGCUCCGGAUGGUCGAUGUGUUUCGUUUCGUUACGAGAUCGAUCACUGGAUUGAUUGAUCGACGACGUGUGCCUGGUCUGUGCCUGUGCUGUGUGUGUACGUUCGUCUCUCCUCGUCGUGGCGAUCGAUGGAGGUUGCUGCAGUAGAGGAGGGUGGUCGUGUUGGGACGAACUGUAUGCUUGCUCGUGGAACUUCUGCUGCUGCUGCACCAGUGUUGGAACUGACGAUGCCUCUUCAGGAUGCAGCGGCUGAAUUAGCUGGUGAUGAACCAGCAGAUCAGCACCAGUGCGAGCAUUUCUCCAUAAGAGGGUAUGUUGCUCUUCUUCAAAAGAAGGACCCAAAAUUUCGCUCUCUAUCUCGGAUUUUCCUUGACCAGAAAAAAUGUAAUGGACACCAAGCUAGUUCAAGCCCAUUUUCCGUAGCGAAGUUUCGACGAUGGGAUUGCUCUAAGUGCUUGGAGAAGUUGAAAGCUUCAGAUUAUGGAACAUCACCAAGAACUCUUCCUGCAAAGCAAGAUGGCACAAGCGAUGGUUGCUCCAUCACAUUUGUUCGGAGCACUUUUAUGCCUGCUACUGUUGGUUCGAAAAUAGUGUCUCCUAGUGCACAAUCAUCUCAAGGGAAGAAGUCUGAUAGAUCAACUCUUCCGAAGAGUGCGCAAGAAGGCAACAACUCCAAAUGCAAUGCACCUUCUGGCCAGAAAGGAGCUGCUGAGGGCAAUACUGGUCCACACAUGAAAGAUUUGCAAGGGGCAGCCCAAAAUUAUGAUAUGGCAGUAAAUAUCCCUGACAACACUUCUAUAGAUGUUGGAGUGUUGCCUGAAGUUCCCCAGAUUGCAUUGCACAAAGAAGGGAACGAUGAAGAUCAAUCCCCAUCCACUCCAAAACUUUCUGAAGUGAUCCUCAAACCAAAUGAUGAUAGAGAUGGAAAAACUAAAGGACUUCUUGUUGCUGAGAAGUGCAAUUUGACCAAACAUCUGAAACCAAUGUCUGGACAGAAAUGCGAUCAGGUCUGCAACAGUGAGCCAUGUGAAGACUUCGUUCCAAAAAGAAGCGCUAAAUCAAAAUGUAAGAAGGAGAUGAAUAAAAAGUUGAUGAAAAAGAAGAAGCACAGCAACAAACACACUUCCCAGGCUGAUGUUUCAGAAGCCAAGCUUUGUCGGAGAAAGCCGAAAAAGGUACGGCUUCUAUCAGAAAUUAUAAAUGCUAACCAAGGUGGGGAACCUAGAAGCGAUGAAGAUCAUCAUGAAAAUGUUUCUGAUCACCGUGAGGAUGAGAGAAGGUUAAUCCCAUUGGAAGUAAGCAUGGAUUUUCCUGGUAGCCACCAGAAAGUAAGAGAAGAUGAAUUAAAGUCAACUAAGAGCAAGACAAAACGCAAAUUCGCUGAUGCUGUAGAUGAUGGAUCAUCACUCAUGAACUGGCUGAAUGGAAAAAAGAGAAAAACAACUGAAAAUGUGCAUCACAGUGUUGUACGUCCAGCUGGGAAUUUGAGCAACAGAAAAGUGACCCCCACUGUCAGUGCUCAGCAUGAUGAUGACGAUAAUAUUGAAAAUGGUCUUGACGUAAACAUGCAUAUGACAGAUAUGCGCCAACAUGAAUCAGAGAACUCUACACAGAGGUGCUCUUCAAAGGGAACAACGGCGGGUUUGAGUAAGUGGAAAACACAUUCACCUGCCAGUGCCAAAAAUGGUGAUGAAAACACUAGAGACAGUCAGAACAUACCUAUACUCAGGACAGAAGAUCAAUGCCAGAUGGAAACCGAAAACUCUGUUCUGAGGUGCUCGGCAAAGGUUUCUCCCGCUAAGCAUGAUAUUCAAAAUCUGUCUGGUCUUCAUGAGCAGAGUCUACCCAAGAAGAAAAAGAAGAAAAGUCUUGAACUGAUGCAUGAGAAACGGACCAUGAUAGAUGACAUCCCCAUGGACAUUGUUGAACUACUAGCUAAAAACCAGCAUGAGAGACAGCUUAUGUCUGAGACUGAUUGUUCGGACAUCAGCCAUAUUCAACCCAAGACAACUGCAGAUGGUGACUGUGUUGUAGUAGCUGCCAAGGAUGGUUCAGAUUAUGCAUCAAGUGUGUUUGACACUAAUUCCCAACAGAAGUCCUUAGCACCACAAAAUACACAUAAGGAGCUACAGAAUCAUGUAGCAUCGAGCACACAGGAUAUUAGUCCACAUCCUCUGGAGUUACAGAUUUCUGGCCAUUCAAAGUCUACUCAGGAACAACCGACACAUUUGCGCAUGGAAGAAAUGGUCACUAUUGCUGCAAGCUCACCAUUAUUUUCACACCAUGAUGAUCAGGGUAUUGCUGAAGCACCAAUGGAGUGUUGGGGCCAUAAAGAUGCAAAGAAGCUUACGUGGGAUCAUUUUAAGGCCGCUACAAGAAAUUCUCCCGCCGCAACAUGUGGUGCUCAAUUCAGACCUAGUAUCCAAGCAGUUGACUUGACUUCUACCCACGUCAUGGGAUCUUCAAGCAACCUUGCAGCUCACCAACAAGUAAUUGCGCCACUCGACCACUAUGCAGAAAGAGCAGUUAACCAGAUGCAGGCAAGAAUUUUUCCAAGCACAAUAGCAACCAUGGAAGCUGGUAAGUUAUGUGAUCGAAGAAAUGCUGGACAGUAUGUCUUAUACCCUAAAGAACCCAUGCCUGCGACCCAUCUUCUGAGAAUGGUGGAUCCAUCAACAUUAGCAGGCUUUCCCAACUAUGAAACUUCUAGCAGGAACCAGAUGGAGUUUCAACUUUGGAAUUCUCAGUAUGCACAUAAUCAGUACAAAGGAUCAACUAGCACAUCAUAUGGCAGUAACCUGAAUGGAAAGGUUCCAUUGACAUUCGAAGACUUGUCACGACGUCAGCUGCAUGAUUUGCACAGACCUUUACGCCCACAUCCUAGAGUUGGUGUGCUUGGCUCCUUGCUGCAGAAGGAAAUUGCAAACUGGUCAGAGAACUGUGGCACACAAUCUGGUUAUAAAUUAGGGGUGUCGAAAGGGAUGGCAUCGGUGUCGAAAGGGAUGGCAUCGCAUCAGAUGAACAGAAAGGAACAUUUUGAAGCCUUGAAUUCUGGAAUGUUUUCAGCAAAAUGGAAUGCAUUGCAGUUGGGUUCUGUUAGCUCCAGUGCAGAACUUUUAUCAGCAAGGAACAGUAUAGCUCAAUCUUGGGCCAGAGGCAAGGGUAAAAUGGUCCACCCCUUGGAUAGGUUAGUAAGACAGGAUAUCUGUAUAACUAACAGAAAUCCAGCUGAUUUUACUACAAUUAGUGACGAUAACGAGUAUAUGUAUUACCUCUGAAGCAGACAGUGAUGUGCAUAAUUUUGAAACAAUUACAAUCAUACAUUUCAUCUUUGUGGCAUCAAACAGUCAAAAACUGUAAGAGGAGGCUUUGCUGGGUCUGCUG